ACGAGCGUAUUUAAAUAUUCAUUACUAUUGCCUUUUUAGCAAUAACCAUGUGAGAUUAACAUCUGAAUUUAUUUGGUCAAACAUUAUAACUAAAAUGCUCGUCUUAAAUGUGUAGAGCUUGGAGUUUAGGGUUUAGAGAGAAGCUGUUGAAUAAUAUAAAAGUGUCUUUUGCCGGCUGAUAAGCGAGUAAUAUAAAGGAAUCCAUUCUGUAAAACCUGAGCUCAGCUCCACAAAGAGCAGACCACCCACAGGUGCUGGAGAGUCUGUCCGAGUGAGUGCUGGUGUGUGAGGAGGAGAGCAGAGGGGAGUUUGGAAAAAUGGCAAUUUCGUCGCCAUUGUAAACCAAGGACUGCCCUCUUUAUCCCCACCGCCGACCACAAAGAGGGACUCCGCUCCGCCGCGGCGAAUGGAAAUAGCUGGAAAAAACGCACACUGGUUGUUUCAGCACAACGCCAAAAGGUUCUUGUCUGGAAAAUGUUAACAUGGGACGGCGAAGAUAGUUUGAAGCAUCUCGCUGGAGGAGGUGCAUAGUAACUUCCCACUAUGAACAGCAGCAGCAAUGGGACAGCAGUGGGUAACGCCACUGGUGGUCUGGGUGCCGAUGGGACAGUGGUGCUGGAGUCGGCCUCCAUCAUCGUCAUUGCUUUGCUCAUCUGCUUGGGGAACCUGCUCAUCGUGGUGACACUGUAUAAGAAGCCGUACCUGCUGACACCCAGCAACAAGUUCGUCUUCAGUCUGACAUUUUCCAACCUGCUGCUCUCUGUGCUGACACUGCCCUUUGUAGCUGCCAGUUCAGUGCGGAGAGAAUGGAUCUUUGGUGUAGUUUGGUGCAACUUCACAGCCUUGCUUUAUCUGCUGGUCAGUUCAGCUAGCAUGCUCACACUAGGAGCCAUUGCCAUUGACAGGUAUUAUGCUGUGCUGUAUCCUAUGAUCUACCCCAUGAAGAUCACAGGAAACCGGGCCAUGGUGGCUAUUGCUUACGUCUGGAUUCACUCCUUGGUGGGCUGCCUGCCGCCUCUCUUCGGGUGGUCUACAUUUGAGUUUGAUCGCUUCAAAUGGACCUGUACGGCAGCCUGGCACAGGGAGGUCGGCUAUACUGCCUUCUGGAUCACAUGGUGCUGCUUGCUUCCCCUAGUAGCCAUGCUAGUGUGCUACGGAGUUAUUUUCCGUGUGGCUCGUAUUAAAGCUCGUAAGGUGUACUGUGGUGCCGUGGUGGUUCCUCAAGAGGAGUCUGGCUCGCACAAGAAUGGUCGAAAAAACUCCAGUACCUCCACCUCGUCCAGUGGCAGCCGCAAGAGCCUUGUAUACUCGGGCAGCCAGUGCAAGGCCUUAAUAACCAUCCUGGUGGUCAUAGGGACUUUCCUGGCCACCUGGGGGCCCUAUGUGGUGGUCAUCGGAACUGAGGCAUAUUGGGGAAAAGACAGUGUUUCUCCACAGCUGGAGACCCUAGUGUCUUGGCUGUCAUUCACUAGCGCAGCUUGUCACCCACUCAUCUAUGGCCUGUGGAACAAGACUGUACGCAAGGAGCUGCUGGGCAUGUGCUUCGGGGGCCGCUACUACAGAGACUCAUUCAUCACACGCCACCGGACGUCCAGACUCUUCAGCAUCUCCAAUCGAAUCACAGACCUAGGAAUGUCUCCUCACCUAACAGCCAUGCUGGUGGGCGGAGGGCAGCUUUUGGGGCCCAGCAGUAGUACGGGUGACACUGGUUUCAGCUACACUCAAGAUUCUGCUACAGACGUCAUGUUGCUAGAUAACUACUCAGAAAUCUCCCACUCUACACACUAUAGUGGCAUUAAGAGAAGAAGCUCCGUCACAUUUGAGGACCAAGUGGAGCAACCUUACAAAGGUGACUGCCCAACAGUCCAAGUCACUGCAGACAUACAUAAGUCUCUGGACAGCUUUGCGUCAUGUCUGGCCAAGUCUAUAGAGAAUGAUGCCAAGAUGCAGCUUUUCGGGGAGAGCAUGCCAGUUACCAGCGGUCUACUGAUUGUACGCCACACUCAGCGAGGGCCUCGCUAUCUGAACGGACAGAGACUCAGGAUGGAGAGCAUCGACGAAGGAAUCGUUAAAGAUAACGAACAGGAAGAUGACGUCCAUGAUGGCUCUGUUUAGUUUCUUUAUCUACUCCUCUUUAGAGUACAGUAUAUAAUCUGCCCACUGUGCACAUUGCUGCCUUAUAUGGUACAGAACAUACCUACCCUACACUUAGUUGUGUUGUAUCGUGUUCGUCAUUGGUAACUUGGCAACACUGAGCACCUUUUGUAUAAAUCACAGCUUUGGAUAAGGUAUGCUGUGAGAGUUAAUUGCCCAGGUCUGGUGUGGAAAGGCUCCCUUUUUGGUGAAGUGUACUGUAAUGGAGUAGUGAAGUGAGGGAGACAUGCUAGUGUGUUAGCAAAGCCAUGCUUUUGUACAGUCAAAUGGUAUUGCAAAAGGACACGAAUUUGGAAUUUGUUUGGUACUGGAUCCGUUACCUAUGACCACUGUAUUUAGUAAUGACACUAUGUAGAUUUAAUAUUCCUCAUGUAUGUUAGGUUACAUAUUAUGUUAGGUGACUAUAUUAUAAAGACCCUGCCUUAAUGCUAGCAGUGUUCUUUAAAUGAUUAAUCUUGUAUUCCUGUUUACAUGUAAAGACAGCUUGGUCUUAUAGUAGGGGUGGGCGAUAUUUAAAAAAUAUUGCAUUAAACCACAUAAAAACAAAAUCGCCACACUCAACAUUUUCACAAUAUACAAUAUGUUUCACAUUCUUUAGUUUUUCCAAGGAUUACGAACAAGUGAAAUUGGACAAAUGCAUUAACAAAACAGUAGUGCCGCAUUUAAAAAAAUAUAUAUAUUUUUUAAUACACUAUUUAAAUUUUAUAAUUGUUAAACUUUACGGAUACAUGCAGUUAAUUUAAUGUUCUAAAUGUACUGAUAUAAUACAACAUAUUCAGAGAUGUCUUAACAUUUUAUCACAAAAGUGCUAUAUUGCCCACACAUUUUGCACUGUAGGGGUUACAAUACGACAUUUGAGAUUAUUCAUAAUGUAAAGAACAGACCAUGAAGUGCAUUAUAAACAGUAUUUUGACAAGAUAUCUGUAUGCUACUAUGUGUAUAAAAUUCAACCGCUACUCUUCUAGAAUAGGCUCUUUGCAGCUAUAGGUCAUGAGGGGUCAUAUGAUGCCUUAAAAGCUUUUGAGCCCAUCCACUCUGAAUGUCACUAGUAUUGGUACUGAAUUGCAUCAAAAGCAUUAUUACAAUUUUUUUUUAUAUACAACCGCACUUGAAAAUGGUGUGUAGCAUCUGACAUUUGGUGCUUCUCAGAUUGAGGAAAAAGUGCUCAGCCUUGGUAUGUUUUAACUGCAUCUUUAACAAAGAACAGUGUGCAUUCUCAAUUAAUUCCUGUGGAAUGUCUUGGAAAAUGCAUUGAGUGUGAAGUGUUUUAUACCAAAAUCCACGUUCAUGGUUUUGUUUGUGGCCUUGAACAUAAAGUGAUGCCAUAAAGA